AUGCUUUCAUUUGAUUUUAUUAAAUAUAGUAAACUCAUAUUAAAAAAGUUAGAACAUUCUAAAAAGUGCCUUAUUUUCCUCAUUGCUCUUAGAUUAUUUAAUUCUUUAUUUGUUGUAACUUCAUUUUUCCCUGAUGAAUAUGCUCAAUCAAUAGAAAUUUCCCAUUAUUGGGUUUUUGGCUAUGGUCACAUGCCCUGGGAGUGGGAACCUUGUAUAUCUUUAAGAUCAGUUAUUCACCCUUUUUUAUACGCAAUAUUAUUUUAUAUUUUGAAAAUUACUAAAUUAGAUUACCCUAUUGCUGUUUUAUAUGCACCUAAAAUUUUUCAAGGGUUAUGUGCAGCACUUGGUGAUUAUGGCUUAAUGAAAUUGAUUAAACUUUGGUAUUUGGUAUUAUAUAAAAAAAAUAAUAUGAAAAGUGAUGAUAAUGCAAUAUUUACAAUUUUAAUUUGCCAUUUUUUUUGUUGGUUUUAUUUCUACUGCAUUUGUAGAACAUCGUCUCUUUCAUUUGAAUGUUUAUUUAAUAUAUGGGGUAUCUAUUUUUUAUCAAAAAAUUAUUACCCUUUAAAGGAAAAAGACAAGAACAUAAGUAAUAAUAGUAACUAUAAAGUAAAAAAAAGUUUGCAAAUAGUAAAAUUUUUCGAUUUAAGGGAAGAAAAAAUUCCAAAAAAUAACACAAAUAGUGAUUUAAAAAAAAGAAAAGAUAUCACAGAAAAUAAAGAUUUUUUAAUCAGUGAAGGUAGAAACGACACUUCAUGUGAUAACAACACAAAUAAGAUUUACGAAGAAAGUAAAAAUAAGGACCUUCCAAGAAAUGAAAAAUUAUCUAUGCAUAACAAAAGUUCUAAUCUUAGUGUUGAUAUAAAGGAAUUAAAUGAAAUAAAAUAUUUUCAUAUUAAAAAUUUAAUAUUAAGUUUAUUGUUUAGUUCUUUUUGUGUACUAUUUAGGCCAAAUGCAGCACUGUUUUGGUUAUGCAUAUAUAUCCUUUAUUUUAUAAAAUCAGCUAAUAAUAAGUAUAUUUUGGAUUAUAAAGAAGUUUUUUUCAUUGGGACUUCUUAUGCUGUUAUAUUUUUAUCAAUUUCCAUAGCGAUAGACUCGUACUAUUAUGGAAAAAUAACUGUUUCAUUUAUUAAUUUCCUUUUAUUUAAUUUUAUUAGUAGUCAAAAUUCUUUUUUUGGAAAGCAUCCCUUUCAUUUUUAUUUUUCUUCUGUUAUACCAUCAAUUUAUUUAACUCUAACACCUUUUACUUACUAUAGUUUUAUUUUUUUUUACAAAAAAUUAAAAAAAAAAAAAAAAAAAUUAUUUUAUGUAUUAUCAAGAAUAGAUUAUGUUACAUAUAUUGCAACAUUUGUAGAAGUUUUAUUUCUAUCAUUUAGUAUUCAUAAAGAGCAUAAACUUGUAAUUGGGUACCUUCCUUUUUUGACUAUAUUAACAGGGCUAAUGUUGCAUAAAACUAUAAGAAAUAUAGAAAAUUCAGAACAAACUGAUAAAAGAAAAAAGUUUUUCUUCUAUUUAAAUGUAAGUUUUUUUAUUCAUUUAAUAUGUAUAUUUUUUUUUAGCUAUAUUCAUAAUCGUUCUCCUGAAAAAGUGUCAGCUUACUUUAGAAAUUUAAAAACAAAUAAUGAUAAUAAUAUUUCUAUAUUUAUAACAGAUUGUUAUGAUAUCCCAUUAUACUCUCAUAUACAUAGAAAAUUUAAAAUUGGAUUUCUUGAUUGUUCUCCUAUAAUAAAAAACGGUAUGCUUAUAAAUAAUUGGAGAAAAAUUAUAUACGAUGAUAAAUUUGGUAAAACAUUUUAUGAUUUAUUUGAUGUAAACAAAAAUACUUCUAAUUCUAUUUCUCCAUAUAUAAUUCCAGAAAAAUCAUUCUAUUGGUUUGGCUAUCACAACUUCAAUCCUAAACAGAAUUUUCAAUUUUCAUAUAAUAUCAUAAAUUUUUCUUGUUUAGAUUAUCGUUAUUCAUUUCCAUUAAAUGGAGAGCUUCCUCUUUAUAUAGUCACAAAUUCAAUUAACUUACCAUACUUAACAAAUUUUUUAAAAGAAUUUAAUUAUCAUCUUGAAGGAAAUCCUUUUUUUUCUUAUUUUUUAAUAAACGAAAAUAAAAAAAUAGUUGUAGUUAAUCAUUAUAUUUUUAAAAAAUAUUCCAUUAGUUAA